UCAGCACACACAAUACACAGCAGUACAUCUCUUUUGCUUUUUCACCAGCACUGAACUUCUGCAAGAAAAACUACUCACUUCUGAAAGAAAUGCUGAUCAGGCAUGUGACUCUUCUGGAUCAAGUUCUCUCCAGUUUUAUUUGGAGCAAGUCAGCCGAGCAGAUUAUCCUCUACUGUAUAGGUCGCUGAGUUGCAGUAUUUAAUAUUUCCCGGAAUUUCAAGACAUUCAUCAUCACAACUGAGGUGGCAAGUUGUUGUUUUGGUCUAUGAUUACCUGGGUACGUUUCUGCAAUUAUGUCUUCUCCUGGUAAGACAGGGGCAGUUUCAAGCUCAGCAAGAAGACUUUCACGAACAAAAAGCAAGAAAAAACAUUUUGUACACCAAAAGGUGGAGGUAUUCUGGGCCAGUGACCCCAUCCUGACUGUGUUUAUGUGGGGCAUCAAUCACACGUAUUUACCUUUGCAGAUAAACGACCUCUUUCAAGUGCCUAUGCCAGUAAUGCUACUUCCAGAUGACUUCAAAGCCAACAUAAAAAUGAAAGUCAACAACCAUUUAUUUAACAAGGAAAACCUGCCUGGACAUUUUAAGUUUAAGGAGUACUGCCCACUGGUGUUCCGGAAUCUAAGAGAGCGAUUUGGAGUUGAACAUCAGGAUUAUCUGGUUUCUCUUACACGUAGUCCUCCAGCAAAGGAUGACAAGAGUCAGGAAGCAGGUUUGGUGUUGACAUCAUAUGACCGUACACUAAUUGUCAAGCAAAUCUCUAGUGAGGAGGUGGAGGACAUGCACAACAUUCUUUCAGAAUACCACCAGCACAUCGUAACGUGCCAUGGAAGCACACUACUUCCGCAGUUCCUUGGCUUGUACCGUGUUACUGUGGACAAUGAAGAUACAUACCUUUUGGUCAUGAGGAAUAUGUUCAGCCACCGACUAACUAUCCACAGGAAAUAUGACCUCAAGGGGUCAUUGGUUUCUCGAGAAGCAAGUGAUAAAGAAAAGGUGAAAGAACUGCCUACCUUCAAGGAUGUUGAUUUCAGAAAUAAAAUGCAGCGAGUGUACAUCAGUGAAGAAGAGAAAGGAAAGCUUUUCGAUAAACUGAACAGGGAUGUAGAGUUUCUUGUGCAUUUGAAGAUCAUGGACUACAGCCUGCUCCUGGGCAUUCAUGAUAUUGGCAAGGCAGAGCAAGAAGAAGGGGAAGAAAUUAAAGACUCUUUAAGUGAAGAGGAGGAUUCAGAGAAUGACCUGUCCCUUACAGCUGUGGGGUCUUUUGGCACUUCCCCUGAAGGCAUUGCAGGGUACAUGAGCUCUUAUAAACCUCUUGGUCCAGGAGAGUUUGACCCUUACGUUGAUGUGUAUGCCAUCCAGAGCACAGUUGGUGCCCCACAUAGAGAGGUAUACUUCAUGGGUCUUAUAAACAUUCUGAGCCAGUAUGAUACCAAGAAGAAAGCGACUCAUGCAGCAAAAACAGUCAAGCAUGGAGCUGGAGCUGAGAUCUCUACAGUUAAUCCUGAACAAUAUGGCAAGCGGUUUAGAGAAUUCAUUGUAAACAUCUUUGCCUAAUUGAGAGCAUUUUAAAUAUACUCUUACAAAUCUAGUGGGAAAAAAAAGAUGGUUUGUACAAUUUCCUCAUUUGAUUAUUAAACUGUUUAGCAUAUAUAAAUGAUAAAAAAGUAGUCAUAAAAUUGUAUUAUAAUACUCUGA